CAGCUUCCGGGUAUUCCGCGGGCAGACGUCUUUUCGUUUCUGCAGAGUAAAUCUUGGGUUGUCGUUGAUAAGAAGGAGAAAAAGUACCAAAGGUUCAAAAAUGUUUGGAGUGCGAACAGUAAUACAGACGGCACCUAGAAUUUGUCGUUUUGCCGUUCCAAAGAGAACACUCGUCAGCGGUCCUCCGGGUAUUCGAAUUCCAUUUCCCGAAAAAGUAGCACACGGUCUUGCAAUUGCUGUGGGUGUCUGCGCCACUCCAUUAUGGGUCAUGCACCAUCUUAAAGACUACAGAGGAGCUACCGAGGAAAAUGAGGAUGAAGAAUAAAAAUUAAUAUAAUCUGUUUUGCUCAUAGAUAUGGUCAGCUAGUUGACUGGAUAACUUAUUGAAAUACAGUAUAUGUAAAUUCUGAAGAAUCUCUGUGUUGUAGCCUACGAAAAAUAAAUAAAACAAAUGUCAUCGAGGUAAAA